AUAACGCGUCGAGGGAGACUGCAUGGUGCCCACAGAUCAAGCUCGGAGAGAUCUCACGAGAACUCCUACUUACCGCUUGCAAUCGCCACGAUGCCCCGCAAUGCGGCAGAUUUCGAGGUGACUCAGAUCCCAGUUCAUCGAUCUCAGCCGGUCGCUUCGCCUCUUAUCUCCGCGCGGACGUCGGAGGCUGGCCCAGCUUGGCAACUUGCUCGUGAUGCGCGCUCUGCUGAUUGCUUGCCAAAGCCGUCUCUUCCCACAAAUGCUAAGAGCCAGAUGCAUUCUCGCAUCGAGCCCAAAGAAGAUGGUGCUGUAUCUACCGGUGCCUCUGUUACCUCAAAUUGGCCUCUGGCAGUUUCGCCUCACGAGCGUCGCCGGACCAGCGUCGCCACGUCUAUUGGCAAUGACACUUUUGAAACCGCAGAAGGAAGCCCUUUGCUCCCCUCUCGCUCCAUAUCGCGCGCUACUGUCGUGCCAGAAAUGCGUGACUCCCCUUCUGAUAUGACUCCGUUCGAGCAGCCUGCCCCUGACACCUAUGCCCGCAAUCCAUCACCUCGGCCUUCAAUACUGAUCAACGGCAAAGGCAAAGAUCGACAAUUCAGGGAGUGGAUCUUCCCUCUUCAUGGCCCGAGACCCUCAAUCUCUCGUAGACACACGGCACCGACGGACUUGCCACUGAAGGUCUCGGAUCAGCAUCAUGAUGAGACUCUAGGUCCAGCAAUAGCCUCGACUUCUUUUGACGAACGAAUAGAGACCUUAUGGAACCACACAGCUCCUCGCAGGGCAAUAUCCCCAGCAUCCGACCCGGGCGUUCUGGGAACGGGCGAAGAUACUGCAUACCCUUCAUCAAGCAGAGAAAGAGAAGCAUCCAUCGAAUUCCCGAUGAGGACGCCGAACAAGGUUCUGAGGGUGAUCAACGAGGUUGAUCAUCACCCAAUCGGAGCUUUACAUCUUCCAGCCACAACAGACAAGUCAGAUCCUGAGCGUGUCGAGGUGAUGAUGGGUGACUGCCCUCGGUGCCAGGUCCCGCCAUCACGCGCAGGCGACGAGUCGGUGGGACUGCUAGCUGAUCGUGAGGAGGCAAUGCCGGAGGAAGGCUGUCAUGCCCUCAACAACCUGUCCGCAGUGCCCCAAGGUCUUAACGAUGACCUUUUCGAUGCUGUUGCAAGAACGCAACUGCCGCCGAGUCUCAUGGUUGAGACGAGCGAGGCAUCCGCCGCUGCCCAACGUCAACACGAUUACGAAGCUCAGGAGAUGUUUCAGGCCAUGCUCACUGGACAGCAUACGAUGCUUGAGAAGCUUGCCGAGCUCACCAUCAGCAGAGACGAGCUGCUUCUUGUCGUGGAGACUGUACGUCUGGAGCAAGCACAGCUCAAGCAUCUUGUUGCAAAACAUGCCUCUACCGAGAAAGAGAUUGCCGCCCUCAAAUCACAACUAGAGGCCUUGCAAUCACGGAACGAGGAGCUCGUAACGGCACGUGCGGAGGCUGCAAGCGAAGCGGGAAUCCAUCAGUCCCGACUUGAGGAUGCGAGGCAAGAUUGCAAUGCCUUACGGGCAGAUAUGGCACACCAAUUGAGCAAGCUAGAGAGUAGCGAGGCGAGAGGUCGGGACCAACGAGCGGAGAACGAUGCUUUGCUAUCUGACAAACUGGCUGCGGAGCGCGAAAGGGAUGCGUUGGGCAAGACUCUGCUGGAAACCCGAGAAGAAUUAAGGGAGGUGGCUAAUCAGCUGCGCGUCUCGCAGGAGACUACAGAGACUGUGAGUUAGAACGCUAACACGGAGUGGUAUUAACUAAACAUUGCACAGGUAACGGAAGAACUCACCUCCCUUCAGCGACAAAUGAGCGAAAAGGAUAAGGCCGUCGCCGACAGUCGAGACGCCGAGCUGGUAGGCCUGCGAAAGCUCACUGAGGACCUACACGAGUCGCUGGCCGCCAAGGUGUCUGCAGUAGCGGAAAGUAUCGAAGCCAGCACUGGCAACGGCAAACGUAGCCUGCUAGAAGACGAAAACCUUAAUCUACAUUCACAGCUGCAAGAUCUUCAGACCCGAGUG